AACUAAUGGAAAAAUUAGGUUUGUUCUUCUUCAUCAAUUCGAAUGACUUCUCAGUGUGAUAAUUCUAGGAUACCAAGUCAUUUAUGACAAAUCAGAAUUAACCAAUGAAGAAGAACAAUUAUUAGUGAUUGAUUAUAAUCAAAAAGAUUUUGGCGAAGAAUUCAAAGGUGAAAAUUAUGAUGUUGUUUAUGAUUGUGUUGGUGGCGGACAACAAUGGAUAUCUGCGCAACAAAUAUUAAAACGUCAUGGUCACUUUAUUACUCUGGCUGGUGAUGAUACAACAUCAGGUUUCACAAUGAAAUACUUAGUUAAUCUUGGAUCUAGUCUGAUUAAUCGAAAAUUUUGGUCGGUUUUUGGUUCUGCACAUCAUAAUUAUAUUUUUCAUUUUCUUCGUAUAUCAUUCGAAGAUCUUGACGAUAUUCGAACAAAUUAUAUCGAAACAAGAAAAUUGAAACCAUUGAUUGAUACGGUUUUUGAUUGGAGAAAACAGGGUGCAGAAGCUCUAUAUUUGGCUUAUGAAAAAUCCAAAAGUGGAAAAGCCCAAGGCAAAUUAAUUCUGAAAAUAGCUGAUGAAGAAUAA